AUGCUCACCAAAUCCAUUUCUUUACUAUUUUUCUCAACCCUUUUCAGAUCAAUUUUCGCACUCCAAGAACGCGAUAAGAUCUCAUCACUACCAAAUCUCCAAUUCACACCAAAGUUUGAGCAAUACUCCGGAUAUCUCGAUGAGAAAUUAUUUUAUUGGUAUUUCACUUCACAAUCUGCAGAAGCUGACAAUAAUUUGAUCAUUUUCUUGAAAGGAGAGCUUGAGAAUGUUUAUUCGUGGACAAAACUCGGUCAUUUACUCUUUAUCGAUUUGCCAACUGGGAGCGGGUUCUCUCAAAAUAUCACCACAUUCACAAAUGCUGAGACAUCCAAAUUGCUUUUCAACUUAUUGCAAAACUUUUUGACAACUUACAAUUUGAAAGAGAAAAAAAUAUUUUUGGUGUCCGGUGAAUAUUCAUCGGAAAUCGUUUCUUUAAUGGCUCUUGACUAUUUGGAUUCAAUCAAACAACAACAAAACUCAUAUGAGGACUUUCGUUUGAAAGGCUUGAUUUUUAUCGGAAUUUGGAAUGAGGUUGUCCAAUUCAACAGCUUGAUCGAUUUUGCUUAUGCAAAGGGUUUUACGGGAAAGAGAGACUAUCAGCAUCUUCUUGAUCAAUGUCCAGCCUGUAAUCAGAGUCGAUCAUCCGAUUGUGAUUAUUUAAAUUCGCCCAUGCAAUCUUGUCAAGAAACGGCCAAAAAAAUUGAAUGC